CAUGGAUUUUCGGCUUUUCCCUCUGCGGGGUGUGUGUAGUGUGUGUCUGAUGUUGAGCAGCGGCCGUGUUUGGAAAGCCGGCGUGGUGUGUACGUGAUUACAACGUAGCUAAUGCGGUGAUCAGGGUGUCGUGGCUUCGCCGUGGUGGUUCUUUUUACGUGGCUGUGCUGAAGUUGGCGUUGCCCGAGCUCUUCGUACUCGCCUGUGGCGUCAUCGAGGCCUUAGGGCAUUUUACUGCUGCAAGCUCAAACCCACAAGGGUUGUGGCACAAGGUGGGUCAUCAUGAAGGCAGUCAUGUUGCUCUUGGUGCUUGGACUGCUAGCGGGAGCAAUUGCAGCUCGUGUUGCUGAGGAGGACAACGAGUUCGCCGAGUUUGAGGAGUUCGAUGACGAAGAGGCACCGCCCGCAUCUCAGCGACCUGAUGCACCCCAACCAGCGGCUGCAGACGAUGAGGAAGAAGCUCGAGUGGAGGAAGAAGAGGAGUUCGACCACUUCCAGGACGAGGAGGAAUUCGAGGGCCUCGACCAGGAGCGCCAACCCAGCCGGCCACAGGGCGACAAGCCACACCUGACCAUUGCCAAGGUUCCACUGCACCUGCGGAGCAACUGGGAGAGCUUCUACCUAGAGCUGCUGAUGCUGGCGGGCCUGACCGUCUACUUUGGCAACUUCAUGGCUGGCCGCAACAAGAACCACCGGCUGGCCACGGCCUGGUUCCAAAGCCACCGGCAGCUGCUGCUCGACAACUUUGCCCUCGUUGGUUAGUUUUAACGAACAAAUGCAAAUUU